AACGUCACGUUAGUAGGAACUACUGUACGUACAGGACAAGGCAGUUUGGAUCGUUUCCACCCAGCAGACAUGGAGUUAAUUUAAAGCAAUGUAGUGAUUGGCUCAUAGCUGCGUCCAAUCCAUGGCGAGGAGACGGUUGCUGUCUGUGUGACUGUGGGUGCCGGUGAGCAGGACAUGGCGGCGCACUGGACCCGCUUUGAGAAGGAGCAGGAGGCGGAUAUCAGGACGCUGAUCUCUUGUGUGAGCGGCCUGCAGAAUGAGAGCGCCAGCAAUUACCAGCUGGCUCUGCAGUACGCCUGCUCCAACUUCAGAUUUCAUCGGUACCUUGAUGUAAGCAGUCAUCAGAUUCAAAGGACCUUGGAUGGAAUCUAUGAAAAGUUUAUUAUCCAUUCAGACGUGAAUAAAGCUGAGAGCUUGAAGAGGCUGACGGGGGAGUUCUUAAGCCUUCCUCUGUUAAACACUGAAGGGAAAAAGACGGAAGUCCAUUAUGCCAUACUGUCUCUUCUACUGUGUUUGUCUGAUUCACCAUCCAAAUAUGACUAUAUUGAAAAGCCAAGGAAAAAACAAGCAGAAGAGGAAGAACCAUUUGAUUGGGGAAAAUACUUGAGGGAAGGGGAAGACAUUGGACUAAGUCCAGAUGAAGGCACACCAGAGUGGUCGGAUAUUAGUGACGAAGAUGAUGAUCAGGACCCCCUCAGUAGGGAGGACUCUGGAAUACAGGUUGAUAGAACUCCUCAAGAUGAUACUGAAAAGAAGAGUGCUCAACCAGUUGUUUCAUGGAAAAUUGGCGAGCCAGAUGCACGAACCUGGUUAGAGCAACACGUUGUUCCCCAGUACUGGACAGCUCGAUCAAGUAGAUUUUCACACAGUUCACAUUUACAUUCUAAUUUGGCAGCUAUUUGGGACCAGCAUUUAUACGCCUCUGAUCCACUAUAUACACCUGAGGAAAGAACAUUUGUCACUGAAACCCAAGUGAUUCGCGAGACUCUGUGGUUACUCUCCGGUGUGAAAAAGCUAUUCAUCUUUCACUUAAAUGAUGGCAAAGUGACUGUGAGGAAUGACAUCGUUGUAACACAUAUGACACACAAUUGUCUUAGGUCUGUGCUUGAACAAAUAGCAGCUUAUGGUCAAGUUGUCUUUAGGCUGCAGAAGUUUAUGGAUGAGGUCACAGGUCACUGCUCUGAGAAUUCAUUGCCGGGGACCCUGCCAACUCCCAAAAAAACUGCUGAAGCUCCAUUCCGGACAUACCAGGCCUUCAUGUGGGCGUUGUAUAAAUAUUUCAUGAGUUUUAAAGAAGAACUUGCUGAUAUUGAGAAAUGCAUUAUUAACAAAGAUGAAACGGUCACCUUAGCACUAGUGGUUGACAAGUUGGCUCCUCGGCUUGCACAAUUGAAAGUGCUGCACAAAGUGUUCAGCACUGGCAUUGCAGAAGUGCCUCCAGACACAAGGAAUGUUGUGAGAGCAUCUCAUCUCCUUAAUACCCUGUAUAAAGCUAUUCUGGAGUAUGACAAUGUGGGAGAGGCCUCUGAGCAGACGGUAUCUCUUCUGUUUUUCCUUUGGGUUGAAACUGUUAGACCAUAUUUAGAAAUUGUAGAUGAAUGGAUUGUCCAUGGACAUCUUUUCGAUCCAGCUAAAGAAUUUAUUAUCCAGCGAAAUAAAGAUGUUCCUGUUAAUCAUCGAGACUUUUGGUAUGCUACAUACACAUUGUAUAGUGUCUCAGAAAGGACUGAGAAUGAGGACAAAAUGAGCGACAAUGCAAGUGGCAGUUCAGGCAGCGACCAGGCCCCAGCCAGCAGACAGCACACUAUGGUCUCUUUCCUGCGGCCUGUGCUGAAGCAAAUCAUUAUGGCAGGGAAGUCUAUGCAACUGCUGAAGAACUUAAAGUGUAAACUGUUGCGUCAACAACAUGCCUCAAGAGAUUCAGAUAGGACGAGUUUGUACACACUCUUCUUAGAGUCUGUGCAAUCCCGACUGCAACAUGGAAAAGAUUCAGCACCAGACAGCAUUACAGAGCAGCAAGUUAACAAGCAGAGCCUAAUAAAGAUGCAGUCCAUAGUGGCCAAGCACCUGGAAUUGAAUGAUGUACAUGACCCACUUCUGGCCAUCAACUUUGCAAGGUUAUAUCUGGAGCAGAGCGACUUCCUUGAGACGUUUACAUGUGGAGAUGUCAGUGUGGAUAGGUCCUCAGAAUCUGUUACUUGUCAGUCAUUUGAACUAACCCUUCGGUCAUGCUUGUACCCCCACAUUGACUUGCAAUAUCUGGAGUGUUGUGGUAACCUCAUGCAAACACUAAAGGAAGAUUAUAAGCUGAUGGAAUAUCUGCAAGCAAUGAGAAAUUUUUUUCUUCUUGAAGCUGGAGACACGAUGUAUGAUUUUUACACCUCCAUCUUUGAUAAAAUAAGAGAGAAGGAAUCAUGGCAGAACGUUGUGUUUCUAAAUGUGCAGCUGCAGGAAGCAGUCAGUCAGCGGUACCCAGAGGACAGUGCUCGGCUAUCCAUCUUCUUUGAAAAUGUUGACUUGGCUAAAAAGAAGCUUCCAGUGCAUACAUUAGAUGGCAUUGUACUGAGUUAUAAGGUUCCUUGGCCUGUAGAUAUUGUUAUCAGCUCAGAAUGUCAGAAGAUUUAUAAUCAAAUUUUUCUGCUUUUGUUAUUAAUAAAAUGGGCUAAAUACAGCUUGGAUGUCUUACAGUUUAAUGAACUUGUUAAUACAGCUGAAAAGGAAUCCCCAAAGGAGGACUUUGGAUCAGAGCAACAACUACUUUCUCAUGUAAUAUCCCCAGCUGAGCCUGAGGCACAGUUAAUUCAUCGAAUGUUCCUCCUACGAGUCAAGCUUAUGCAUUUUGUCAACAGCUUGCACAACUAUAUGAUGACAAGAAUCCUUCACAGUACAGGUCUGGAGUUUCAACAUCAGGUGGAAGAAGCAAAAGAUCUGGACCAGCUGAUUAAAAUUCAUUACAGAUAUCUUUCCACCAUUCAUGAUCGCUGUCUGUUAAGGGAAAAGGUGAGCUCUGUAAAAGAAGCAAUAAUGAAAGUGAUGAACGUUGUCCUGAUGUUUGCAGACCGCUGGCAUGCUGGCUUAGGCGCAUGGAAGGCAGAAUCUAUCAUGAAAAUGGAAUCCGACUUCACAAAUUGCCACAAAUUUCUUGUGAAAGUACUAAAUAAAGCAGUUUGCAGAGGAUCAUUUCCACACUUGGAGUCUUUGGCUUUAUCACUUAUGGCUGGCAUGGAGCAAAGUUAAUCCUUGCGGAAAAGAUAUGAAAAACUGUCACUGAAGCAUGUUCAGUAGUUACACAGAAUAGUUACUGUGCGUUUGUUGUACAUAUUAUACAGAGACAUUUUCAUUUUGUGGAACUGUCAAGUUGUCUUUUAUUUUUUACUCCUUGUAUAGGAAAAAUAACACACUGUACAUAUUACAACAAUUUUCAAUGUUUUCCUCUAGUCAUCCGUAAAUAAAGGCAUUUCUAGAAUGGUAAUUUCUACACUAAUUUUUUAUUUCAGUAUUAGCAAAGUUUUGCUAGAUGAAGUAUAACAGCAUACAAUAAAGGUGCAUACACACGGUGCAAUGUAACCUUACGAUUUUGACUAUAUAGUCAAAAUCAUAAGGAAAGUUAGCACAAAUCGCACACAUUUUGCGAUACCGAUGCACGCCCCCGUGGGAUCAGUAUCACAAGAAAAGAUAGACUGUGCAGGCAAGUCAAUCUUGACUAUAUUGUGUACAAUCUAGUACAUAGUAUAGUCAAAAUUGGCACUUAGUUAAAAUGUCACAUAGUCAAAAUCUCAAGUAAAGAUAAUCCAUAUCAGUGGUUCCGGGAUCCGGGGAGUUCAGGGAAGUCAUAUCAGAGAUAGUCAAUAUCUCACUGUGUGUAUGCACCUUAAGUCUUAUUAUUGCCUGUAAAGAAGGUCAAAUUGUUUUCACUGUAAAUAUAAAUAAACAUUUCUGCUUUCUCCAUGAA